UGUACCCACAUAUGCUUGGGUACUUUGCUGUCAUAGCUGGGCACCUAAGAAAAUGUAAGUACCUAAGCAUCAAAAUCGUGACAGAAUAUCGAUAGUAUCGAAAACUUCAUGUUACAUCAACCUGGCUUCUAUUUAUUACGAAUAGGUUAUAAGUCACUCAUAGAAAAGGAGACAACGCCCUUCAAGGCUAUAAAGUUUACUACCAACGACUACAUCACUCGGGUAAAUUGCCUGGUACUAUGGUUUAUAAAAUAUAGACAUCAGCAAGUCAGACGUCCAGAGACUUAAAUCACGACGGGGAACCUACCGCUCAUCCUGGCCUCACCAGCAAUAUGUCUUCUUUCCAUCCAACUUCGCCCAAGAUUCCGGCUGCACACAAGGCCCUCGAAUUCGACUCAGAUGGCUCUGAUGCCGCCGCACAUGCUAUAGAAAGUGACUCGGAACCCGAGACCCCAUCGCGCCACUCCGGGUUGCGAGACCAGAUGCGCAAUGCAGGGACAGACGCACCGGAGUAUGCAGAGGAGACGUCCUCGCCCUCACUCGAGGACGGCAUGCUGCUGCGAGACCGUCCAAGGAAAACUACGUUCCACGACGCCGUAGCUGAGCGGCAACUGACACAGACUGAUGCUAAGUUGUUUUACCACAUGCAAAGAACCCAGCUGGAUCAGUUGAAGACGGAAGGAAGCAACUGGAACCAAACCCAAGCAGCCACUCCUAACGGGAGUCCUGUAGCCUCCGUCGGCCUAGCAGCGGUAAGGCCUGCUCGUGAGACUUCGCUUACUCGUUCCCACUCCAAUUUGGGCGCUACUCCGAUCUCCACACCUUUGCCUUCAACGCUCCAGAGUUACGACUUUCCCCAUAUUGCAGGCUCCUCUACUGUUCCUCACAGCCUCGAUACAGCUCCGCGUACGGCCACACGGCCAUCUUUGGGAGGGCAUGUUGGUUCCCAACCAACCAGCCAUCCACGUGGCGAUGCCCCUCAGGACAGGCCCGGGUCCAGCUUACAGCCUGAUAUGGGUCUUCCAGGGGGAGCAUCAUCCAACAUCCCCAGUGGCGUCGGUAGCAGUGAUCCGCACAUCGUGGCAGAACUAAGCACUAUCUUCCGAAAUAUACAGAAAAUUUUAGACAUCCGUCACAAAUACAUCCGUUUGUCGCUGCAGCGAGAUGGCGACAACCCCAAGGACGACCCUAGCUGGGAUAUCUAUCCACCGCCGCCAGAGCCUGCCUGGGUUGGACCCAAUAUGAACCAGGAUAGCCAUGGCCCGAACACUGGAAAUAACAGUAUGAGUAAUAGUACAGUUUUGCCUAUCCAAGCUGGCGCACAACGCCCGGGGGACCUUGGGAUUGCGACUGCGGAAGCCGAACCUAAAAGAGUGCCUAGGAAGCGUAAGCCGGGCCACGAUAUUGGGGAGGAUUUCGAUAUGGGAGAUCUGCUACCCCUGCCCCAGGCAAGUGAGCUCGUAUUUCACCUUGAUGAGAAUGGCGUUUACCAGGUGUAUGAAACCGAUGCUGCGAACAAAGCCAAUACUCCAGUGGUGGGCGUCCCUACGAUCAAGGACUUUUAUGUGAACCUUGAAGAAAUAUUGUCCAUAUCGUCCGACGGGCCAAGUAAGAGCUUCGCCUUCCGGCGGCUUCAAUAUCUGGAGGGCAAAUUCAAUCUGUAUGCUCUUUUAAAUGAGUAUCAAGAAACUGCAGACACUAAGAGGGUUCCUCAUCGGGAUUUCUACAAUGUGAGAAAGGUCGAUACGCAUGUCCAUCAUUCUGCCUGCAUGAAUCAGAAGCAUCUCUUGCGAUUUAUUAAAAGCAAGAUGAAGAAAUGCCCAGAUGAAUACGUACUGUUUCGGGACGGUAAAAACCUCACACUUAGGGAGGUGUUCGAGAGUAUUAACUUGACCGCGUACGACCUCAGUAUCGAUACUUUGGAUAUGCAUGCACACACUGAUUCCUUCCAUCGCUUCGAUAAAUUCAAUCUAAAGUAUAACCCUAUCGGUGAAUCGCGACUACGGACCAUCUUUCUGAAGACGGACAACUUCAUCCAAGGUCGCUAUCUGGCAGAGAUUACGAAAGAGGUCAUCUCUGAUCUUGAGUCCAGUAAGUAUCAGAUGGUGGAAUGGCGAAUCUCGAUCUACGGAAGGUCAUUAGAUGAAUGGGACAACCUCGCCGCUUGGGUAGUCGACAACAAGUUAUUUUCGCCCAAUGUCCGUUGGCUUAUACAGAUUCCGCGACUAUAUGACGUCUUCAAGGCUACCAACUUGAUGGAAUCCUUCGAACAGAUUGUCAAAAACGUCUUCCAGCCGCUCUUCGAAGUGACCAAGGAUCCCGAGAGUCAUCCGAAGCUUCACGUCUUCCUACAGCGAGUGAUUGGGUUUGAUAGCGUGGAUGAUGAGAGCAAGGUCGAACGCCGGCUGUAUAGGAAAUUUCCCGUCCCAAAGGAGUGGAAUUCUAAACAGAACCCCCCAUACAGCUACUGGAUCUACUAUCUCUUCGCUAACAUGACCUCACUCAACUUCUGGCGUCGUCAACGAGGCUUCAACACAUUUCUACUUCGGCCGCAUUGUGGGGAGGCAGGUGAUAGCGAGCAUUUGGCCGUCGCUUUAUUGUGCAGCCAUAGCAUUAGCCACGGGUUGCUCCUGAGAAAGGUGCCCCUCCUGCAGUACAUCUUCUAUCUCGAGCAGAUCGGUAUCGCCAUGUCACCACUUAGUAACAAUGCGCUCUUCCUAGCCUACGAGAGAAAUCCGUUUCACCAGUACUUUAGACGUGGCUUGAAUGUAUCGCUCUCUACUGACGAUCCUCUUCAAUUUGCGUUUACUAAGGAGCCGCUGAUGGAAGAGUAUGCCGUCGCGGCACAGAUCUAUAAACUAAGCCCAGUAGAUAUGUGCGAGCUGGCGAAGAAUUCGGUGAAGCAGAGCGGCUACGAGUAUUCUAUCAAGCAACAGUGGCUAGGAGAAAAGUUCAAUCUUCCGGGGAAGGAUGGAAAUAGUAUGGUGAAGACUAACGUACCGGAUCGAAGAGAGGAGUUCAGGCAUCAUACAUGGGUUGAGGAGCAUCGAAUGAUCUCGAGUUAUACAUCCACGACUGAGCUGCGCGAGGUGCUUGAGCAUCAUCCAGCAGCCGCGUCGAGCCUCAACCCGGCCUCACCGACCUCGUCCCUCAAGACGAACAUGGCUAGUGGGAUCACCACAGGUGAUUCCAAGUCUCACGCCUACAUCAGUAUCACGGAUCUAGAAGGUCGGCUGCCGCGUUCGGGAUCCCAAGCAGAAAUCAGUAGCUCUCACCUCGAUGCUCAUGCCGAAGACCUACGCGAGACACAUCUCUCCAGCCACGAGCCUAGGUAUAUCCCUGGAAUGAUGGCGAGAGCUUCGAGGCACGGUAGUAUGCACCGUAGCUCGCCUCAUGAAAGCGAAGAUGUCUGUUCGCCCCGUGUCACUCCUAAGAAGAAUGCUGGGAGGGAUGAAUCGAGUUAAGCGUUGGAUUUUGCACUGUAAUAUUGGUGGACGUGAUGAAUUUUGCGGACGAUAAAAGUUCUAACGUGGCCUAUGAAUUGGUAUGGAGGUAAUGAAGAUUUAAACGUAUGUAUGGGUACUGAGAGUUUAUAACUAUCUUGGAGAUACUAGUUAAGAACCCGGUGAUCGAUCCGUUUCGGGAUGCUUUUUAAGACGUAUGGGACUAGUAACAUCUACCUCCAUAACAUGGAACAUAGAACAUACAUAGAACAUAGAUAUAUAUAAUGUUUAUAGAAUAUGUGCAUAAAUAUGUAUAUAAGCGAGUGUUUAUGCAAUUAUCAGAUUCGUUAAUAUACG